AUGAUUUUCAAUCAAAUUUUCGUAGACCUAUUAUGUAUUCUGAUAAUGAAGGUUCUGAGAAAGGAAAAGAAGAAAAUUUAAAAGAGAACCAGAAUUUUUUAGUAGACAAAGAAUUUAAAAAAAUUAUCAAAGCUCAUAGAUGGUUUAAGAAAGAAGUAGAUAUUGUUGAUGAGAAUGAACAAUAUUUUGUUAAUCACAUGUUUUUAGAUGUUGAAAUUAGUAGUGAAAAUUUGAGAGAAAAAUAUAUAAAUGUAUUAAAAGAAAAUUCUGAAUAUUUACAAAGAAAUAUUAAUUUGUUGAACAUUAAUAAUGCAUUAAAGAAAGAUAAGGAUGAUUUAAUAAAAGAAAAUAAAGAAUUAAAGGAACAAAUUAAAACAGAGAUGGAUAAAUUAAACAAAGAAAUGGAAAAAAUUAAAAAGACAAACGAUGCUUUAAAAGUAUUGUUACAGGAAAUGCAGGAUGAAAAUA